UUUUAUAUUUUUAUAAAAUAAAGAACACAAAUUAUUGUAUGACACGGCUCCUAACUAAAUUUUUUUUGUUAUGCGUGUCUUCCUAAAAAAGAUAAAAAUAUAUAAAGCUUUUUCUUCCCAGGUGAUUCGUCAGUUCACUCACCCAAACAAAACCUAGUUCCCAUUACCUGUGGCGCUUUAUUCUGCAGACCUAAAACUUCAUCCUUCUAAACCCUUACAUCUUCACGAAGAGCAGCUGCCAGGCCCAGGCGCCAGCCACUGACCACCUUCAUCCUUUAUCCUCCACCGACGUGCACAGCCACACCCCACUGAACCUGCCGCACAGCCGCCUCCAGCCGCAGCCAGCCCCAGCCACCAAACCAUCGUUUGCAGAUUAUAUAUUUGCUUGCGUCUUGGUGUUAGAAGUAUUAUUCUGCUGUAAGUGUAUCUCCCUACACAUUGAGAUGAGGCUAUUAACCCACAACAUGCUAUCUUCAAACAUAAAGGGGAUAACCAAUGGAUUUCCUUUAAGAAUAGAGGCGGAGAAGGUGGUGGAGAAAGAAGUUGACAUGAAUAUAGAUUUCCUUAAGAAUAUUUUCACCAAGAUCGAGUGGAAGCCCUUUGUUGAAGCAGCCAAGAUCUUGGGAUUCUCAGAACUCCCUGAAGAUGUCGAACCUUCUCUGCUUGAUUCCCACGAUUUUCUCACCAAGUUCCACCAUGCUCUCCUUGAGAUUCACCUUGAAGAAGGCGCCCUUGUUUGCCCCGAAACUGGCCGCAAGUUCCCUGUCAGUAAAGGUAUCCCUAACAUGCUUCUUCAUGAGGAUGAAGUUUGAUAAUGCAGAAUCUUGAAUUGUUUGUUUCUCUUAUUUUGCUGCCUUCUCCCGCCUCCCCAAAAGAAAAAUGGUUCAUAUAAGAGAACAAUAACAUGGAACUUAUUCUGCUGAGCUUGUUCUGUUGUUUAUAGGACCGACGUUCUCGGCGGAGUUAUAGAUUCUACUGGCAAAAUGCAUGCUUUUUGUUAAUUUUUUUUUUGCCUGUUUACUAUUCUGUGUUUGCUCUGAUUAUGUUAAAAUUUAAUAUCUCCGAUUUUAAGAUAUUUUUCAAUUGGCUCAAGUCA